UGUUGGUAUCGAAAGUUGUUUAAGGAAUGGUGGGGUGUGUGAUGCAGUAUGUGUUUUGGGGCCAUACAUAGCCAUCACCGACAAUUUGACAUCUGACAGAGUGAUUGUGACAUUAUUUACAUAUCUAAUGGCAGGGAAUACAUUCCAAGGACGACACUCUCGCCAGCCAAGCAAAAACACGCUUCUGAAAGUAGUUAUACUUGGUGAUGGAGGAGUUGGAAAGUCGUGUCUUAUGAAUAGAUUUGUUAGCAAUCAUUUUGAUGAACAUUCUUUCCAUACAAUUGGAGUCGAAUUUCUUAAUAAGGAUAUAGAAAUAAAUGGAGAAAUGUACACAUUACAGAUAUGGGAUACUGCUGGUCAGGAGAGAUUUAAAAGCCUCCGUACCCCAUUUUAUCGUGGCUCUGACAUUUGUCUUCUGACCUAUGCAGUCGAUGAUCGAGCGAGCUUCCAAAACUUGGCAAUGUGGCGUAAUGAGUUUUUAUAUUAUGCUGACGUGAAAGAAGGUACAGCAUUUCCAUUUUUGGUCGUUGGGAACAAAGUGGAUAUGGGUAAUGAGCAACGUGAAGUUACUACAGAAGAAGCACGUGCUUGGUGUUUGGAAAACGGUAAUCUACCACAUGUAGAAACUAGUGCUAAAGAUGCAACAAAUGUACAAGAAGCAUUUUCAUUAGCUGUUGAGAGUUGGGCACAGCUAGAAGCCAAACUGGAUCGUCCGUAUAUUGGGGAAACAGUGGAUCUUAGAAGGCAACAACCAGAACAGAGGUCAUCUUGCUGUUUGUACGUUGCAGGAAACAAUGAGUAGCUGUAAAUGGCCUGCAGCUACAACAGUUCCCUACCUAGUCAGUACAUUGCACUUAGCAUUUAUUUAAAUGGUUAUAGCUUUGUUUUUCUGUUGAAUGUAUGUUACUUGUUCACCAAAGUGUUUAUUUGCAUCAGUAUUAAGCAUUGUUGACAGUGUUCAUAGAAGAACAGUCCGUGUAUCAUGAUUAUAUUAUUUAUGUUAUAUCUGUUCCGAAGUUUUGUUUGAAGGCAAUGAUAAGUUUGCUUGGUGAUUGAAAAUGACAAAUAUCAAAUGAAAAUAUUGUUUUAUAGUGUAAAUGUAAUUUGAAAACUAUUUUAGAAAAAAUAUAUAAUAUGAUGCUAUCCUGGGCAAUUGAAAGGAACUGGUAAGGUGUGAUUUGUGAACAUAUAUUUGGAAAUGUAAAAUUUCUAAAUGUAGGGUCAUGACCAUUUUACAUGUGGUAAUGGUAACAUGAAAAAACAAAAAUCAAAUGGCAGCUUGUCUCUUGUAGUGACUCAUUUAAGUAUGAAAGGAAAUAGGAAUGAGAGAGAUACUUAAGCAAUUAAUGUUAAAUAUUAUACCAAUGAAAUUCACCAAACUCAUAUCUACAGUAAAUGCUUGAAGCGAAAUUUUAAAAUUAGAGUAAUUUAAAAUAAUGUUUUUGUGCAUAUUUAAAUGGAUGUUGGACCAAGAACUGGUUGGCUUUAUUUUUUACUACAUGAUAAUGCUGUUGUAUUUUUUUCAAAUGCUGCUUAUUUUGAAACGUGAGACUUAACUGAUGUGAAAGUGCAUGCAACACUACUGUAAAAUAAUGUUGAUGUUUAAAAAGGCUGAAAUGUUCCAAUAUCUAACUAAUUUUUUAAGGCAAAGACAUAUUUUAUCACUGCAGUGUAUCAUUUAAAUGGCUUUUGAUAAAGUAUUGUAGAUGUAAGUGUUUACUGAACUUGCAUAUUUCUCUUAUAUAUGUACAUUAAUCUUUGUAAAACGGUAGUUACUUAUUGAACACAAUAUUACGCUUUAUAGACAUUUAUUGAACUGCCACAGUACAAUAUUCAUUUCUCACUAUUAGCAAGUAAAAAAUAACUCCUUAAAAUUACCAUUACAUAUAUGAGAAUUUGCAGUUAUAGUUUUUGUGAGUAAUAACAUCAUAUUCAUGCUGCAAAGAUAAGUCGUACAGUAUUAGUUCCUUAUAAUGGCAGUGAUGUUAUUAAGUUGCAUAUAUAGGAGACAAGCGAUUUACUUUCUACUCUUAAUUGUGGUUUGACAAUUUCAUCAGUCCAGUUAUUUUAGUUUUGUGUCAUGUACUAUACAAACUUCCACUAUUUUCUGAAAUGUGCAUUUGAAUUCUACUACUAUCACAUUACACAAAUAUUGAAACUAACAAGCUAUUUACUGUCUCAGCGUACUGAUAUUAGAUUUUUUAAAGCAAUAAACUACUUCUCUAUUUUAUUCAAGCUAUUAUCUAAUUCAGGUUAUUAACUAAUUCUUCUUUCUCAUGCUAUUAGGAUUUCUGUUAAUGAUGCAGAGACUUUACAAUGGAGACUUAAAAUUGUGACAUUCAUUGUUAUACAAAAUGUGAUUUGGUUUUUUGUUGUUUGUCUAUUCCAAGAGAUAUGUUGGGAGGAUUAAGAAAAACUGGUGACAAUAGCAUUAUAAUUUUGUCAUUAUUGCCUUCUAUUGAAACUUUACAUCAGCAAAGAAUCCUCUCCAGUGCCUUGUAACUUUUGUUUACACACACUUAUUAUUACUUAAUUUUAAGAUUUUCUUUGCUGAUGGCCACUUUGUGAUCUAGUGUCAUGCUCUUGAUAUAGAUUUCUUCAAUUCAGUAAGUUUGUCAUCUUGUGUAAAUACUGUCAUCAUGUAUUGUCCUAUUUACUGUAUUGUACUGUGUGGAAGGAAUACUGUAUUUACCUGGCUAUGAGAAGAAAUUUUUCAAAUUCACCCUUAAAAAACCUGCAAUCUUUCAUUUGCAGGUGAAACUUUAGUACUUGACCUCAGCGGUUUUACAAUGUGUACUUAUUGCUGCUGAACACUAAAAAUUAAUAGUUGUUUCGAUAUCAGAUAUCAAAUUUACAAGUAUUUUAUGUAAUUGGUAAACCAACAUUUGGAGAUCAUGAUGAUGAUCUUUUUCAGAAUGACCACAGCAUUUAGUUUGCUUUGAUUAUCAAAUCUGUAAGGAUUGUAAUUUAUACAGAAUGAUUAUUGAUCCUAGUCAUAGCAGUGACUUCGUUGAGAAAGGUAGAUCUAACAGUUGGCAGUUUACAAGUGUAAUGCUAACUCAGUGUGAUGCUAACUUUAAUGUUCAUACCUGAAGCAGAGGCUCCAAAAAAACUGUGUGGCAGUAAGGUGGGGUAUAACAUUAGAAUAACUUCUUCUUUUUUGUGGCUUUUAUCCUGUAUUUUCACAGGAUCAGCACAUUAUUUUAUGAAUUUGGCAAUAUUAUUGAUAAAAGGUGGCUGGAUGUCCUUCCUGUUGCCGACCCCCCCCCCCCCCCCACUCCAAUCUUCCCACGGGAUGGAAUUUGUGUAUCCCCAUACAUCGAAGUGUAGUGUUAUCCGAGUGAUAACUGAGGCUGGAUAUGGAUUCCAACCUAGUAUUCACCUAGUUGAAUGUGAUGAACUGCUUAAAACCACAUCCAGGUGGGCUGGCACACUGGUCCUCGUUAAUCUGCUUGACAGAUUCAAUCAUGGGCUAGGGCACCUCCGUAAAUCCCAGAAGCUGCAUACUAAUGUACUUGGCUAUUUGGGCAGAUGCAUAAGAUUGGGAAUAUAUCAUUAUAAUUUAGGCAACCAAUAAUUUUGAAGUGUUUAAAAUAACGUAACUCUUUUUGGUGGAUCUUAAGGUACUUUACAUUAGUGCGACAAUUUGUAAUUUUGAUUAACGAGUAUUUCUUUAAAAUAAAAAAUAACUCCCAAGAAGCAUAUUAAAAUAAUGGGUCAUCUCAUAUUCAUGGUCUUCUAAUAGUUAGGUAAAUACAUUAUUUUUUUCUUGAUACUGCACAUUUUCUCUGUCUUGUUAUGAGUGGUUGUCUUAGUCAACGUUUUACUCUGGAAUAGUUGAGUUAAUGUACUGAAAAUGCAAAGUGUAUAUGUAUCUGUGAUGUUGGCAUUGUUAAUGCAUUUUUUGGCCUUGCACGUUUUUGUCACUGGCCUCAGUCUCAAAUCGUUCAAGUUUAUUGCUUGGACAGUAAUUUUGGAGUGACAGAAGCACUCUUGAAUUUAAUCAUUGACACAGCAGACCUCAUAAAACUUGAAAAUUUGCAUAAUAGGUACUUCCUCAUUUUUUUACUCUACCGUCUUUUGCAUCCUUACACAGAAAUAAGACUACAUUGGGUUGAAGUGGCAUUUAAAUUUUUUCUGUAUUGGUCUGGCUUUAUGAAAUUUUCUUUCAAGUUUGUCAUUGUAGAGACAAAAACUCAAUAUUUUCUUUUGUGCCAGCAGUUGAGAGGUACAGUGUUUGACCUCAGAAUUUUUGUUUUUGUAAGCAGAUGAUUACAAAUUGAUCAAAGCAAUUAUAUUAUCUGAUGCUGGUGCAUAACUUCUGUAGUCAAGUGAGCUAUUGCUGUUAAUUGUCAAGAGCACCCAAAAACAAACUUAUCCUAAAUGUUCUGUAAAUUGUGGACGUGUUUACAAAGUUAAACAUUUGGCUUGGUAAAUUUUUGUGCCUUAAACUUUUAUGUAAUGUUUUUAUUUAGACUGUUGUGGAUGGAGGUAGCUCUACUCUUGUAUAUUUCUUGAAAGAAUUCUGUUACACCAAAACUAUCAUGGUGUAAUAUCACAUACACCUACUUAUGGAAAGUGAGAGAGAUUUCUGUUUCAUUGUUUCAUAAAUAGGUGUUGUGUGAGUGUAUUUUGCGGAGGUGUUGUUGAGGUUUUAUAGCAGGUUAAUUCAAAAGUUUUUUUUUAAUAAUAGUCUCUUUUUUUUGGGGGGGGGGUCUUUGAGUUGGCUAGUGUGGUAGUGGGGAUGGAGUGAGAAUGGUUGGAGAUUUGCUGAAUUAUAAUAUUUUAUUCUAAGAGAUUGAUUUGAAGAUUUAGAUCUGAUGGAUAAUGUGACUUUGAUGUGUUAUUUUCUGUGGUAUCAGUUUGUUCUUGAAGUGUGGGAGUGUUAACUUGAGUAGUUUCCAAAACUGCAAAUCAAAUUAGGAAUCUGGUGGGUUAUUUGCUUUCAUCCUGAAUGUUUCCUGCAUGAUGGAACACUCAUGUUAACAGUUGGCAGCAGCUGAGAAAAGACUUGGAUGGAGUUGCAUUUAUUUGAUAUUUAUGGAAUAGGUUAUAUGUCUGAACUUGUUUGUAGUGUUUUUGUUAAUGAUAUACUUUAAAGAAUUAGGUGUCCUGGAAUAAACUUUAUUUUUAUUUUGCUUAUACCGAGUUCUUGUAGGAAGGAUUGCUGACAGUUAUUAUUCUUAUUCACUAAUCAUGAAUGGACCACAAAAAGGUAGGGGGAGGAGAAGUAAUGAUAAUGAUACUGGAAGUAUCUGCUGCCACACUCUCUAAGCUGUCUUCAGAGCGUAGUAGUAGAUGUUGUACAAAAUUUCAAUUGAAACUGUGUUUAUACUGUGAAUAAACUUGUCAUUAGUUUACAUUAAUUUCCGUGGUCAUUGCCAAAGUCAUGUUGAAUGGUGUUGGUCACAAGAAGGAAUAUCUAAAUAUAAAAACACCACAGCUUUGUAAUAGUUAAAGUAGUUCUGUCUUGCAUUCCAGGCUGUGUAACGCAUGUUUUGAUAUCCUCAUACUGUAAAUUAAAAAAAAAAAAAAAAAAAAAGUUUGAUAACAAGUGUUAUUUUAAAUUCAGUUUGCUACUUCAUUUUUAAUUGUAUUGGUAAUGACGUGAAAAAUUUUAUUGGCUUCAAACAGUGUGAAGAAUAUGUUACAAUAUUUAACUCGUUUGUUUAUUGAUGUGUUGUUUGGUUUAUUGAUGUGUUGUUUGGUUUAAUUGUCCCUCAGCAGACAUAAACUGUUUCUUUUCAGGUAUUUAAUGUGACUUAC